AUGUUUGACCUCGUAGUGCUGACACCGCUCUAUGGAUCUGUAAUGUGCUCAUGGUGUAAUCUCCAAUAACAAAUCCACUAUUUCUUCCUGAGGUCGGAUAACUGGGACAUUAAACGGAAAGCUUCCACCAUGAGCACCAUGUUUGCAGACACGAUUCUGAUCGUGUUCAUCUCUGUUUGUACAGCGCUGUUAGCAGAAGGGAUUACCUGGGUUUUAGUGUAUCGCACUGAAAAGUACAAGAGGCUAAAGGCUGAAGUGGAAAAACAAAGCAAAAAACUUGAGAAGAAAAAGGAAACUAUCACAGAAUCUGCAGGACGUCAACAGAAGAAGAAAAUUGAAAGACAAGAGGAGAAACUGAAGAACAACAACAGAGACUUGUCCAUGGUGCGAAUGAAGUCCAUGUUCGCCAUUGGCUUCUGCUUCACAGCUCUGAUGGGCAUGUUCAACUCCAUCUUUGAUGGAAGAGUAGUGGCCAAACUGCCGUUCGUGCCGCUCUCCUACAUCCAGGGACUGUCGCAUCGCAACCUGCUAGGCGAGGAUUACACCGACUGCUCCUUUAUCUUCCUCUACAUCCUCUGCACCAUGUCCAUCAGACAGAACAUUCAGAAGAUGCUCGGUCUUGCACCCUCCAGAGCUGCAACAAAACAGGCUGGAGGCUUCUUGGGACCUCCUCCCCAAGCAGCCAAGUUUUCUUAAUCAUCAGACGGGUUCAACAGUGCUGUUCCUGCACUGUGCAGUCAGGGCUCCCACAUCAGAGCACAGAUACAACAGGGUCUGCAGUGCAAGAGCAUAGGCAUUAUCUGUUGCAGCUACAGUAUCACUACCUUUCUAUUAUAUUUCUCAUUCAUGUUUUGUUUAUUUAACUUAAAGGUUGUCUCAUUUAGAAAUUAGAGGAAUAAAAUUAGCUCUUAAUUACGUUAAUUACCAAAGGAUACGAAUGUCUACCUUGUAUUCAGCAUUUGCCAUACAUUGUUUUGAGAUUUUAAUGAUUAAUUGGCACAAAAAAUCUGAUCCAUUCAUCAGUAUUAUUGUAUGUCAGGUUCUGUAUCCUUAUUUCUAACAUAUUAAUAAAGUUUUAUGAUUACUCUUUA